AUGUCUUUGACUUCUCACCCGACAACAAUGGUCAGCCAUGAAGAUAAAUUAAUGUCCGGAACUUUGGAAGAAAGGAAAGAAGCUUUCAAAGAGGAUGCUGAGCUUAUGAAAGAAACCACUAAAUUUAUUACUGAAGUUAUUGAGACCGCGGCUACCGAGGCUUCGAAAAGAAAAUUGCAGAGUCAGGGUGAUGGAACAAGUGAAGUGGAACAAUGCAUGUGUUACGCAGGCAGUAGAUUGAAGGGUGGCGAUGUCAUCAGCGGCUGGAACAACCGUGCCCGUGGCUUCUGCAAUCGGAUUCUGAACACCCUCUGUCCAUGCUUCAUCAACAAUGACUUGUUGGCCUGGACGCCCUACCGUUAUCGCUUCACGAGACCGUAA